UGAAGCCCGGCGAACUUCCUCCUCGCCCCCGGCUUCAAAAGACCAUGUGGGAUCCUAGACCGGACACGCAGCCGGUUUUCAUUGCCAUGAGCCAAACGCUGCCAUCCUUUCGCGACAUUCAAGCGGCCGAGAGACCCAAAACCAAACGUCGUCACGUCCCGCGCACCGGCGGAUGAUGAUGAGGAUAACGAACUCGAACACCCUGAAGGCUUGCACCAUUCCGACUCCGAGUCCGGCGCCGCCGACACCCGCGUGCGCCUCCCAACCAGCCGGUCGGUGAUCCCGCUCACCAUGCACCUCGCCGACAUCCUCCGCGACGAAGGCGUCGUAUCUGUUUCGAUGCAGGAGGAGAGUGAGAAGGAACUUCAGCGUCGCAUCCCCAAAGUUGACGUGUUGGACGCCUACUCCAUCAACAUGAACUCCGGCACGCCCACAGACAAUGUCCUCCUCGUGCAUUGCUCCGCCGCUGAGAAGGAAGCUUUCAAGAAGGUGAAGGCGAACUACGCUCCCCUCGUUCACUGGCACCAACGGGCUUUCAAGGAGCAUGCCACCAUCCUCUCCCUCCUCGGUCAAUCAGCCGCGCCUGGGAUGACGCAGGAACAACUCGUCUCCAUUGUCCAACAGACCAUGUCGGUCUGUGAGGCCACUACCCUGAUUGCACGCGAAACGCUGUUCAAGACCGUCCGCGAAGCCCAGAAGGUCGCGCUUGAAGCAGCAGGCUUCACCGCUACCACCGUCGAUUCCAUUCACAAACGAUGCGCCUUCGGCGCGCAUAGGAAGCAGGAGCUCUUCGGCGAGUUCGACAAGAUGCAGGAAAUAGGGUUAGGGUUAGGGUUAGGGUUAGGGUUAGGGACAGGGUUGGGGCAUGCACGUCCUCCUAGCGCAAACUGAUGCCAUCUGUGAAGGAC